AUGUUGACUGCCUUCUUGCUGCUCCUGGCGGCGGCGGCGGCCGCCACCGAGACGCCCGAGCGCGUCGUCGUGGCUCAUGGCUGUCAGAGCAGCUGCGGCGGCGUGGACAUCCGCUACCCCUUCGGCAUCGGCGUCGGCGCCGGCGGCCGCGACUGCUUCCGCGAGGGCUUUGAGAUCGACUGCGUCUACGACGGCCCCGUGCUCGCCAACACGACCCUUCGGGUGGUGCAGCUGUCCGUGGAUCCCGCCGAGUCGCUGGUGAUGCUCCCCGUUGGGCGGAUGUGCUACAACGCCACCGACCCGCGCCGCGCCGAGGAGUACAGCCAUGGCGAGACGCUGAUGAACAAGCACGGCGUGUACCGCUUCUCCAGCGCGCGCAACAUGCUCGUCGUCCUCGGCUGCAACACCAUGGGCACCAUCGGGAGCGACAAGACCACGCGCCUCGUCGACGGCUACUCCUACUACCUCGGGUGCAUGAACUUCUGCAACAGCUCGGCCAGCGCGCAGGACGGGCAGUGCGCCAGCCUCGGGUGCUGCCACGUCGACAUCCCGCCGGGGCUCACCCACAACUACUUCAGGUUCCGGGAGUACGACCACACCAGCAUGAUGGACUACAGCCCAUGCGACUACGCCUUCCUCGUCGACAGGACCAACUACACCUUCCGGCGCUCCGACCUCCUCAGGGACACCCUCCGGACCUCGCCGGUGUGGCUGGACUGGGCCAUCCGUGGCGCCGGCGACGACUCCGUCUCAUUAUCGUGUGCCCAAGCCAACAAGACCAAGGAGUACGCCUGCCUGAGCAAUCAGAGCUACUGCGUCGACGCCACCAAUGGGCCUGGCUACAAUUGUAACUGCUCCGAAGGCUAUGAGGGCAACGCCUACCUUGUCGCCGGAUGCACCAAUAUAGAUGAAUGUGCAGAUUCAAACAAAUAUCCUUGCAAAGGUGUAUGCAGGGACACCCAAGGAUCUUACCAAUGCACCUGCCCUCCGGGUUAUGGGAGCGAUGACCCAAAAACUCAACGCUGUACUCCAAAGUUCCCACCCGCUGCACAAAUUUGCAUAGGUGUGAUAGGUGGUAUUCUUGCCAUCACAUUGGUGGCAUUCAUCAUUAUUAUUCGAAAAGAGAAGCGGAAGACUAGAGAGUUCUACGAGAAAAAUGGUGGACUUACCUUGGAGAAGGCUAAAGUUAUUAAGCUUUUUAAAAUGGAGGAGCUCAAGCCAAUUUUAAAGAGCAGCAAUGUAAUUGGAAAAGGUGGCUUUGGUGAAGUUUAUAAGGGGGUUCUUGAUAAUGUACUUGUCGCGGUAAAGAAACCAAUUGGUCGUAAUGUGCAGGAGAACAAGCAAUUUGCAAAUGAAGUCAUCAUCCAAUCUCAAGUCAUCCACAAGAACAUCGUUAGGCUCAUUGGUUGUUGCCUAGAAGUGGAUAGCCCCCUGCUAGUGUAUGAGUUCAUUUCCAAAGGAAGCAUGCAUGACAUUCUUCACGAGUUUAGGGAGCCUCUCAACUUGGAUGUGCGUCUAAGCAUUGUCUUAGAAUCAGCACAUGGUCUAGCUUAUAUGCAUUCACAAGCCCAUACCAAAAUCCUGCACGGUGAUGUUAAACCAGCAAACAUACUCUUGGAUGACAACUUUGUACCAAAGAUCUCAGACUUCGGCAUAUCGAGGUUGAUUGCAGUAGACAAGGAACAUACUGCCAACGUAAUUGGUGACAUGAGUUAUAUGGAUCCAGUAUACCUACAAACAGGCCUCUUGACUGAGAAAAGUGAUGUCUAUAGUUUUGGAGUUGUCAUCUUAGAGGUCAUUAGCAGGAAGAAGGCCACUCAUGCUGACAAUAACAACUUAGUGACGAGUUUUCUCGAGUCCCACAAAGAAGGGAAGAAAGCAACCGAGUUGUUUGAUCAGGAAAUUGCAGGAGCAGGAAAUUUGGAGCUUCUUGACACUCUGGCAGGAAUCGCCGUGGAAUGUCUUAGCCUUGAUGUGGAUCAAAGACCAUCGAUGACAGAUGUUGUGGCGCACCUUCUCACAUUGAGUAGAUUACGUGUGUUGUAA